AUGGAGAGCUUCUCUUUUGAGAUUCAAAAAUGGCAACAAUACUACCUCAAACUGGAGACACCAAUUACCUGGGAUGAAUUCUAUAACUGGAUUCAUGCUAAGAUCAUUGACCCAGACAAGGCAAGCCAGGACUAUGAGUUGAAGUAUCAGGUAUUAAGGCAAUCUGAAGGUCAAACUGUUCAUGACUUUAUGUCCAUCCUUCAGUCAAUUGAGGGCCAUCUCCUUGAGAAAUAUAGUGAUUAUCAGUGA